AUGGAUUUCCUCCGCGCUUUUUGCGUCCUGUGCGCCGCGUUCCUGGUUCCCAGCGGCGCGUUUACGCACGAGGAUAUGAAGGACGCGCUGCUGCAAAAGCUCGGCCUGGAUGAAGUUCCCAAAAUCCAAAAGAGGGACCUGGAGAAUCUGGUCGUCCCGGCGCACAUCAAGAACAAGUACCUCUCCAUGCUGAAGACGCACCACAGCCGGAGGAGACGCAGAUCUCUGCCCAGCCUGGUGGGCAUCCUGAGGGGGGUUCCCGGCAAUGCAGAUAUCUCCGGGGAGUACGUGUACUCCGACACCACCCGGCAUCGCAUGGUGUUCGACAUGGAGGCGCGGAUCCCGGAUAACAGCGAGGUGACCAUGGCGGAGCUGAAGCUCUACCAGCGGGCCGCGCACCACAAACGGUACACCGCGGAGAAGAGGAACCACCGGCCCGUCAACAACGCCCGGGUCAGCAUCUACUGGGUGGAGGUGCUGCCCAGCGGCUCCAACAGGACCUCCCUUGUGGAUUCGCGGUUGAUUCCAAUUCACGAGACCGGCUGGAAGAGCUUUGAUGUCACCCAGGCCGUGCACUAUUGGUCCAAGACGCAGCAGCAGAAGACGCCCAUGCACCUCGAGGUGUGGAUCGAGGGCGAGAGACCCGGCAGCUACGCCGCGGAGAUGGCCAGGAGUGUGCGCUUCACCACCCAGGAGCAGACUGAUGACGCCCUGGGGAAGCCCGAGCUCGUGCUCUACACGCUCAACCUGGAAGAGUACGGCUCCGGCGGCGACUGUGACGCAAACCAGAAUAAGGACACCUGCUGCAGAGAACAGCACUUCAUCAACUUCCGCGCGCUCACCUGGACACAGUACUGGAUCAUCGAGCCGGCGGGCUACCAGGCCUUCAGGUGCACCGGAGGAUGCAAACAGCCCAAACGCAACUACGGCUACGGAGAGCGGCGGUGCGCGGUGUCAGAAAGCUCCCCGCUGCCCAUCAUGUACCUGGUGAAAAAGGGGGACUACACUGAAAUAGAGGUGGCCGAGUUCCCCAACAUGAUUGUAGAAAGGUGUGCGUGCAUGCUGGACAACGUCGCUGUCGUAUGA